CUUCUCUCAAACUUCCCUACGCGUUGCAUAGUCGAAUCACCUCUGCACGACCAUCCAUCUAGCAUGGGCAGUCGGCGUAAGCCGCUUGGCUUCAAAGGGCAUGGGUAAGAGUAGUCAACCUCCGAAAUUGCGCACAAAGACUGGGUGUCAAAUUUGCAGGAAUCGGAAGAAGAAAUGCGAUGAGGCCCGUCCAGCGUGCCAGAGGUGUACAGUUCUCGGUCUUCGCUGCGAAUGGCCAACAGAAGAAGACCUCGUUGACCGCCGCCAUGCACCCAAACGCCCUUCUCGCCAAUCCUUCUCUCCGCAGCAGCAACAACAACAACAACCACUCGACCUCUCGAGAGAUGGCAGCAGCAGCGUCGGCAAUGAAAUUGUCAGGAUAGCGCAUAAAUCCUGGAUCGAUCCGCGGAUCUGUCUUUGGUCGGAAUCAGCUGCUCACCAGGUGCUGAGUCGCGAUUUGAAACCUGUCAUCUCUCGCCACUUCAUCGACAGGUAUUAUGGCCUGCUCAUCCUACCAAAUUGUCAUCCGGAGUACUACUGGGGCUGGAUCAACGAGAUCCAAGAGCUGAUGGUCGAGCACGAAAGCCUCCAGUACUCCGUGCUCGCAAACGCCGCCUCGCACAUCCACUUCAUCGAUGCCUCGUCUCAGAUGCAAGAGCUUGCUCUUACGUACUAUUCCAAGGCUCUCAGAGGUCUCUCCGAACUUUUGGCGAAAGCAUCCCGGCUUGAGAACCACAACGGGCUGCUCAUGUCAGUGAUGCUCCUCUAUCUGCACGGGUGUAUGGGUAGAGGGACUUACACAGACAUCCCCCGGCAUGUCAAUGCCGCCAUCCGCAUCCUCACGCUCCGCUUGCUAGAGCGUCCAAAACAAAUCAGCCGACCAUUCGAUCGACUAGCGGUUGAGAGCGUUCUUUACCAAGUCUUUCUCGUCACGACAGGAUCUUGGUCCAACCCGAUCGAUAUCGAGUACCGAUUCGACUCCCAUUUCUGGCUGCAAGCAGAGAAACUACUAGCUCAUUCGACCCUAUUUCCGAACCGCUCCAUGAGCUUCAACAGCCCCGUCCUCGGUAUUCCGUUUACGCUCUUCAGGCUUGCAUUGUCCAUCAGGCAGCUUUACCAAGACCCACACGGCGUGGACUUGCAGACUCUGGAGGAAUACAAAGCCGACCUGGGCAACUGGGAAGGUGCAGUGCUUUGCGACCAGGAUCUGGAUUGCGUGGAUCCAGACGAGACGCCGAACUGCGCGCAUCAAGUCUACAAGGAUGCCGCUUAUUUGUACAUCCUGAACGCAUCCAUGUUGAUCGAGCAAUUGUCGCAGGGGCUGGCGAAACCGGGCCCACCUCAAGCGCACCAAGUCGACAGCUGGCAACUCAACAAAGCACGCGAAAUUCUUCUGGCGCAUCAGGAUGACGAUGAAUGGGCGAGGUGCUUUAUAGGGAACUGGCCUGCAUACACGCUGGGCUUUUUCAUGAGUACACCCGAGGAUAUCGACCUCGUCCGAUGUGAAAUGCGAAGAAGAUGGAAUUUUAUGCAGUUUGGUCAGAUUGGCCGCUUUACAACUGAUCUGGAAACCACCUGGACUCGGCGUGGAUAUGGUGUAUGAUUCACCAUUCCUAGAGUCCGGUAGGGAUGUAGCUGAAGUAUAUACCACAUCAAAACUCA